CUGUCCAACACUCCUCGUUUAAGACUUAUUUUAGAGCUCACUCGCCUUAAGAUCUUCCGCAAGGCUUUGGAGACAAAAGCCAACACAUCUCGACCAAAAAAAUCUUGCAAGAUGGAGCUUCAUAAAAUUGGACUACGUUUAUGACACUGGACUAGAAAAAAUUGUCACCAUGAAAUACUACGAAGGUUCAAGUACCCUGAAAUUCCCAUGGGAGCAAGUUGCUCGGGGCCUGUGGCAACGAUACCCUAAUCCAGAGAGCUUGCAUGUGUUAUCAGAGGAUACAGUAGCGAGAAAAGUUGUUGAUAAUAAACUUCAUUCCAAACGUGUCUUAACCAAAACAAACCGCAUGCCCAAGUGGGGAGAACGUUUAAUAAAUACUCGAAAUGUCAGUGUCAUUGAAGAAUCAAUAGUGGAUCCAGAAAAGAAAGAGAUAUGUACUUAUACCAGGAAUGUUGGACUGACAAAGGUGAUGACCUGUGUCGAAAAAGUAGUUUACAAACCUUGCCCCGAGAAUUCGCAGUGGACUGUGGCAGAAAGAAAAGCUUGGAUUGACUCAAAAAUAUUUGGCUUAGGAUAUGCAAUUCAGAAAUUUGGACUGGAACGCUACAAGAAGAACAUUCAGAAGACCAACUUGGGUUUCAGCUUUGCCUUGAAUAGAUUAUUCCCUGUUAUUGAUACUCCAGCAGAAAGCAGCCAUAUCCACCACCUUACGUUGGAAGAGAGAAAACAGAGGUUGAAAGAUGCGGCUCGAGAAACAGCAAAGAGGGCCAAGGAGUUAGCUCAGGAGAAGGCUGGGCCAAUUUAUGCUGCCUGUGAAGGUGUGCGGAGCUGAAAGUGAAAGUCUGUAGUCUGAAUCAUAAUAAAAGAGCUAUAUAUUUCAUGUAUUCCAUCAUGAAUAUGAAGGUUAUUUUAGAUAGGGAGCCACCGGUGCUACUACUUUGUGCUUUGGAGUUUCUGGUAUUGGAUGAUAGGAUUGAUUGUAUAGUUUCAUUAUGUUUCUAUUAUAUCAUUGAAAACUAUGGGAGAUGUAUUAUGGAACAUGAACAUUGUUUUCAGUUUAUUACUUUUUAAAUUAUUUUUUUUAUUCCCCUUUUCAUAAGCCUGUCAUUUAUAAUAAAGAAACUUUGUUCCAAAGAUUUGAUAUACAAGAGAAAUUCAGUUAUUUCACUUUACAACUUCAGUAGUAAAGUGUUCCCAAUAGUAAAGUGUAUUUUCUUUACAAAGUUAAAUAAUGUCAGUAAUUCUAAAUCAUGCCGUUUUUUUAUAUAUACUGUGUACUGACUUGGUGAAAAUGAAUUGGUGUGGGAGUAGUUGCUGAUUUCUUGAAAACUUAAAAUUUAGGGGAAUUCUUUUGAUUUGAAAAUAAUACCCACUAGGAACCUGUCACUAACAAUUUUUGAAGUCUUGCUAGUUCCUAUGACAGCGCAUAUGUUGGGUAACAAGGUAGCAUGUGAAAAGAAAGAAGCCUACAAAUGACCUGAAUUAUAUAAUUGCUUCUGUACAGUGUAUAUCAUAGUUUCCAGGGAUACUGAUGAAUCUGCAUUAUCAUUCCCAUUGAACAUCAAAUGAAUCAUGUAAUGUCCUUGUAUAUAUUCAUAUAAAACUUUCCCCAAGUCUUGCAUUCAUAGGUGUCUAUUCCUUGGAAAGGGCCAAGCACUUGGAUAGUUGGUAAUAUUCCGUCCGGAGGAAUGUGGGACUUCAAAGCUUGUUUGUCCUCGUGGGAAAUGUGUACUGAUGAGAAGUGGUGAAAAGUUAUAUUUUCAUUCAUUCCAUGCAUGUUCCUUUCAGGUAUUGGUUUAUUCUCAUUCAUAUUCAAGGUUUUGAAAUAACAUUCUCACUCCUUCGCAGAUUAUGAAUAGGUCCAUAUCACUUACAGGAAGCUCUUACAGUUCAGUUCUGUUUUGUGCUGUAAGUCUGUGUGAACCUUUUUAUCUAUGUUGACAUGUGAAUGAAGUCACUGACCAAGGGAAUGUAUAUAGUGAUAACCAGUUCUAUAUUCUUUGCUUCAAGAGGAUACAAAGUCUUUGCAUAGGAUGAUUUUUAAAUCCUUCGGGCAAGGGAGAGGACAGGGUAAGCCAUACAGGCAACACACUCGCCUGAGUGAGAUAAGUGUGGAAUACUACUCUUUCUCACACAAUACAUCAUUCCGAAUAUUGAUACAAAGGAAGGGUGUAGGAAACCUUAUCUUUGAGUUGUCUUUGUUCUAGAUUGACCUUCACAUUAUUUUGUGGGUGAAUUGAACACCACUUUGUCUAGGUCUUUGUUACAUUUUACAAAUUUUAGUUGUUGGAUGAUUAGUAAUGUAUUUUUUUUUUUGUGAUAUAGAGUUUGUGUUCUUGGUAAUUUCUUCUUUGUUGUUUCCUGUUUGAGAAAAAAAAUAACAUUAGCUGUACAUUAUCAGUCUUCUUAAAAAACAAAAACAAAAAAAUAUCCAGAUAGGAGAUCCGUAUAACAUUUUCAAAUAGUAAUCAAAUUAGUUAUAUUACCCCUGAUAAGAACAUAAAUAUAUUUAGGAAAAUUGAA